AUGGGUCGCUCUUUCUAUCGUCGAAAACCGAGUUCGAUAGCUAUGGCAGAGAGUAAAGAACAAACGAUGAAAUUCAAUCAUAGUUUAUCAAAUACUCACGAAGAUAAUCAAAUUGAAAAAUAUUUCAAUUUGGAAAAUAAUAUUGAAACAAUAAAUCAUAUGGGUCCUUAUGGUCAUAUAGCAUUACAUAUUGCUAAUUCUCACGGAGAUAACGAAGAUGUUCAAUUCUUCUUUACAAAUAGUGCAUUCGUAUCAUUGGAAAAUAUUUCAUCUCAAUUAACAUUGUAUGAUAAAUCGAAAAGAGAUGAAAUAAAAAAAUUGAUCUUAAAAACUUGUAACUUACAUGGUUUUUCGAAAGAAAUUCCAGAUAAUAUUUAUAUUAUUUGGUCAAUAAAUGGUGAUAAUUUAAUAAAGAAGGGUAAAGAAUUUUGUGAACAAAUCGAUUUAUACAAAACUUAUGAUAAUCAACAUCAUUUAAUAACAAAAUUAUUGAUUGAAAUAGUUGAAUAUUAUUUAAAUGAAUAUUUAAUUAAAGAAGAACGUUUUUCAGGAGAUAAAAUAAAGCAAAUCAAAGAUUGUUUUAACAACGCCAUUGAAGAAAAAAAUUACUUAAAAUAUUUUAUUAAAGCUUAUACAUUUACUAAUAAUUUUCAUCAUGUUUUAAAUAAACAUCUGGCAUUGUAUAUAGUAGAUUAUUUUGAUCCAUCAUCCUAUUCUUCCAUACCAGCAGAAUAUCGUCUAAUUAAUUGUUUAGUACAUAUUGUUACAUUAGUAAGGAAUGAUCCCUAUAGAAAUAAAUAUAAAUAUAAAGGUAUUACUUAUCGUGGUUUAUUAAUGAAACAAAAUGAUUUAAAACCCUAUCGUAUUGGUAAUUAUAUACUAAAUAAAUCAUUUAUGUCAACAUCGAAAGCUCUUUCAAUUGCUCAAUUAUAUGCUAAUAAUAGCCCAGACAGUAUUUUAGGAGGAACCUCAAAUUAUCAUGAUCGAGCAGAAGUAUCAUCUGUUAUCUUAAAAUUUACAAUCAAACAGGAUGAAACAGCUGUUGAUAUUAAACACAUGUCAAUGGUACCCGAUGAAGAAGAAGUGUUAAUAUUACCGUUUUCAGUAUUUCGGGUGAAAGAUACAAUUGAAAAUGGUGGAGAUACGGAUUCGCCAGGAUUAAUUGAAAUUGAUUUAGAAGAAUGCGAGGAUAGUGAGCAAAUCAAUACUGAAAAACCGAAAAGUGAGUAG